AAAAAAAAAAAUCGAAUCAUCAUCGUCAACACUCAACCCGGUUCGUCGAUUUUCCGGUUCUUGGUAGGGGUAAACUCCGCUAGAAUUUUUGAAUCAAUUGGGCAUUUUCACUGCGCGCAUCGAUUUCCUCCGCAGGAAAAGAGAAAAGGAACUAGAAGAAAAUGCAGUAACUGAAAAAGGAGACGAGCGCAAUUGCCGAAGUACAAUUAUGCCAAGAGUACUUUCGAAGAAAUUGCGCGUUCUCUGUUUCAGUUCCCAUGUUCGGGUAUCUGCUUGCAAGGCGAACACUCUUAAAAAUAAAUUUAUUUCCUCGUUUCAUUUCAAUGAACCAUCAAAAGCCCUACACUAUUCAACAUAUUCACGACUAUUUUCUCCGAAAAUUCCAUCACAAAAACUCACCCCACCUCUCGAGCCUGUUAACCCCAUUUCCAAAGACGGAAUCUUUAACACAAUGAAUCAACCGAUAAAAGGGCUCGACAAUCUCAUACACCUCAAGAACGAGCAAGAAUCGCCUACGGAAAGAGAAAUUCAAGAACCCGAUGAUUAUUUCUUCGCCGAUGUUGAAAAGGUAUAUAGAAUACUGAGAAAAUUCCAUUCUCGAGUCCCGAAAUUAGAACUCGCUCUGCAAGGAUCUGGUGUUGUGGUGAGAUCUGGCUUGACCGAAAGGGUUCUUAACCGCUGCGGUGAUGCUGGGAAUCUAGGGUACCGAUUCUUCGUAUGGGCAUCGAAACAACCUGGUUACAGGCACAACAGAGAUGUGUAUAAAUCGAUGAUUAAAAUAUUGGCGAAAAUGAGGCAAUUCGGAGCUGUGUGGGCUCUUAUAGAGGAAAUGAGGAAAGAAAGUCCUCACCUUUUAUCGCCUGAGGUUUUUGUUAUCUUAAUGAGAAGAUUCGCAUCGGCAAGAAUGGUGAAAAAGGCUGUUGAAGUGUUGGAUGAGAUGCCAAAAUACGGGUGCGAGCCAGACGAAUACGCGUUCGGUUGUUUAUUGGACGCUUUGUGCAAGAACGGUAGUGUAAAAGAAGCUGCUUUAUUGUUCGAGGAUAUGAAGAUUAGAUUCGAGCCCACUAUAAAACACUUCACAUCUUUAUUGUACGGUUGGUGUAAAGAAGGGAAAUUAAUCGAGGCAAAAGUGGUGUUAGUUAAAAUGAGGGAGGCUGGUUUUGAGCCUGAUUUAGUUGUUUACAACAAUCUACUCAACGGAUAUUCGGUGGCGGGGAAAAUGGCGGACGCUUCUCAUCUAUUGGUUGAGAUGCGGAGAAACGGAGUCGAGCCGAACGCCACGUCAUACACAAUCAUGAUACAAGCUUUAUGCGGUCGAGAAAAAAUGGAAGAGGCUACGAGGGUAUUUUCGGAAAUGGAGAAAAAUGGAUGCGAGGCCGAUGUUGUUACGUACACGACUUUAAUAAGCGGUUUUUGCAAGUGGGGCAAGAUCAAGAAAGCCCACGAGCUUCUAGAAGCUAUGAUACGAAAAGGGCAUAUUCCAAACGCCACGACUUAUUUGUACUUUAUGCUAGCUCACGAGAAGAAGGAAGAGCUCGAGGAGUGCUUGGAACUUGUAAACGAGAUGAAAAAGAUUAGGGUCUCGCCCGAUUUGUUCAUAUACAACACGAUUCUCCGACUUUCUUGCAAAUUGGGGGAAAUUGAAAGCGGGAUUCGAAUCAUGAACGAGUUAGAGGAAAACGGGAUUACGCCAGGUGUCGACACCUACAUCAUUUUGAUCGGCGGGCUCGUGGAGCAAGCCCGUUUGGUCGAAGCGUGUGAUUAUUUCCAAGAAAUGGUGGAAAGAGGUCUUUUUUCCGCUCCGCAGUACGGUGUGAUGAAGGAUUUGUUGAAUUCGCUAUUGAGAGACGAUAAAUUACAGCUGGCGAAAGAUGCGUGGGGCUGCAUAAUCGAGAAAGGGUGCGAGGUGAAUGUGUCUGCAUGGACGAUAUGGAUACAUGCUCUGUUUUCGAACGGGCAUGUGAAAGAUGCUUGCUCUUACUGUUUGGAUAUGAUGGAAUCUGGGGAGAUGCCGAAGCCAGAUACCUUUUCGAAGCUGAUGAAAGGUUUGAAGAAGCUCUAUAAUCGAGAGAUUGCAGUCGAGAUUACGGAGAAGGUGAGGAAGAUGGCAGAGGAGAGAAAUAUUACGUUCAAGAUGUAUAAAAGACGAGGCGAGAGAGAUUUGAAGGAAAAAGAUAAGGCGAAGAAAGACGGGAGGAAGAGGAGGGCGAGGCAACGACAGUGGGGGAGUCGAACGAGGAAGGCCGAUACUUUAUGAUUUAUAUUUUUUUAAUCGAAAAUUGUACUUUCUUUUUCUUUAAAUAGGUUUUUUUUUUUUUUUUAAUUACUAGUGAUGAUGUUUUUUGGGUGAGAAGAGAUGUAAUUUGCACUUUCUGCAGAGAGGAUACUCUGUUUCUUGUUCAUUUGUGUGAUUUUAGUGUCAUAGCAAAACUUGUGCAGACAUUCUUGUAAUUCAAAGUAUUUAAUAAAAAUAAAUGACGUCA